UCCAGGCUCAAAGAACGCCCAUACUAACCACCACUUCCCCCGCGAAGCUAUUUCGACAGCAGUUGUUGCUAUUGCGGCUUGGUCGCGAUGCCAGACGACUCGAAGACGAAGGUCUUCCCCGAGCUCUCGGCCAAACUCUCGGCGCCCAGCAAGAAAUCGUUAUUUGAACGCCAGAAAGCCGAAGCGGAAGCAAAGCGCGCCCGAGAACAAGCUGAGACGGCCGCUGUCCUGGAGGAUUUUGUGAAAUCCUUCGACGAAGAUGCAGAUACGCCAAGCACGAAUCGUCCUCCAGGAGGAGGAAGACUGAAUACAUUCGGACACCCGGGGCCAGGAGGGUUCGGAGGAGGUCCUGCGAAACGGCACUUUACGAGCUCUGGUCCACGGAGCAGUGGGCCAGGCAGUCUGGGACCGCCUCCUCCAUCGCUUUCGAGGAAACGCAAUCAUGAAGGCUUUCAACCCUUACAUAGGGAACGUGAUUCUGCUCAAGGGCUAUUUGCUUUCGAAAACUCAGGAUCCGGCGCGCGGGACGCGGCGGCUGCUUUUCGAACAUCCGACGAUGAGGAAGAGAGGACCACAGAAACAAAGGAGGCUGAGAGGGCAGCUGCGAAACCGACAUUAUACCUAGCUUCACUACCACCGGGAACAUCGCCGGCCGUGGUAAAGGCGUUGAUUCCAUCAGUUCUCGCCGUCGACAAUGUCAAAAUCAUGCCCCAGGCCGGCCAAACUCCAACGGAGCGGAAGUCAUGGUCAGCUAUCGUCACCCUUGCGAAGGAGUCAGCUGCCAGCGAUAUAGAUACCACUGUGAGCACACUGCAAAAUAAAUAUCUCGGCUGGGGCUUCUACCUCUCUAUCUCGCGACAUCUCUCGUCCGCCGCAAUCAGCUCUGGCAUGCCUGUAACUGUUGGUCUAUCAUCAUCCAGCUCUCUCCCCUUUGGCGCGAAACAGGUCAAUCAGAACCAAGUUGGAAGUUUGAACCGUGCUCCCCCUCCAGGGCCGCACCGCGGUGCAUUUGCACCUCCUGCGUCGUACGGUCCGUCCUACGGAAGAAGUGGCCCGGCUCUGCAAGUGGACGUUAAACCUCCAUCUGACCUAAAGCAACUUCGGUUGAUUCACAAAACGUUGGAAAAUCUGCUGAAUUAUGGCCCUGAAUUCGAAGCUCUGCUUAUGAGCCGGCCCGAGGUCCAGAAAAACGAGAAGUGGGCUUGGCUGUGGAAUCCCCGAAGCACCGGUGGUAUAUGGUAUCGGUGGAAGCUAUGGGAUAUUCUAACAAAUUCUGGAAAUAAGGGAGCUCGUCGGCACCCUGUCAUGGGAGUGACUCCGCCGUCGCUGCUUUUCGAGGGCGGUCCUAGCUGGGUCCCCCCUGAGAAAGCGAUUCGCUUCGAGUAUACUACGCAGAUGGACGAGUUCGUCUCCGAUGACGAUUAUAAUUCCUCUGAAGAUGAGUACUCGGAUGCGGAAGACGACAAACGACAUGCUGCUGAUGGUCUAGGAGGUCCUAGUGAUGGAUUGGGCUUCAUGAACCCUCUCCAGAAGGCUAAACUAACGCAUCUGCUGGCGAGGCUGCCCACCACGAACGCCAAGCUACGAAGAGGAGAUAUCGCUCGCGUAACUGCCUUUGCUAUUGAGCAUGCUGGCGCGGGUGCAGAUGAAGUUGUGGAGAUGAUCGUCACCAACGUCCUGAAUCCUUUGGCAUACACUGGAGCAAAUCCUGAUCAUCUCGCUGAGAGAGGCGCUGCAAAGGGCGAGGCUGAAGCCAGCAGGGUUUAUGAUAACACAUCCCAGGAGAACCGGUCGUCAUCUAAAGACAAACUCGACACAUCAGCCGCCAAACUUGUUGGGCUCUACGUGGUAUCCGAUAUUCUUUCGUCUUCAUCUACUAGCGGCGUCCGCCACGCGUGGCGUUACCGACAGCUUUUCGAAUCUGCGCUCAGAUCACACCAAGUCUUUGAGCAUCUGGGAAGGCUGGAGAAAGACCUUGGUUGGGGUCGACUAAAGGCAGAAAAAUGGAAGCGGAGUGUUGGUAUAAUACUGAACCUGUGGGAAGGAUGGUGUGUUUUCCCACAAACAAGCCAAGAGCACUUUGUCCAGGUCUUUGAGAAUCCGCCUCCCACUGAGGAAGAGCUGGCCAAGGAGAGGGAGAAGGCAGAGGCAGAGAAAGCCGCCAGUGCUCCUGGAACAAAGGGUAAGAGUCGGUGGAAGGCCGUCGAGGAAGAUGUCUCUUCUGGUAAAUUCGACCCGACCAAGCCUGUUGAGGCCGAGGGGACUAAGAUGGAUAUCGAUCAAGGGGGCGCUCUCAUAGCUAAUCAAGAUGGCAACCUCGAUGGCGAACCUAUGAGUGACAUCGAUGGUGUGCCCAUGGAAGAUAGUGAUCUGGAGGAUCCGGACGGGGACGAGAUGGAAGAGGACAUCGCCAUGGAGGGAGAUGGUUCUCAGGCGCAGGAAAAGCCAGCCAUGUCUGACAGACCGCCUGAGAAGCAGCCUGGGCCAGAAGCUCAACCUCCGACGCGAAAACCGCGCCCAAAGGCAGAGGAUAUGUUUGCAGACUCAGAUUCCGAAUGAACGGAAUCAGCGGUCUUUCUUGUCUUGUACUAUAAAUAUUGUGCCUCGCGUUGCCACAUAAGUAGAAUCUACGGAGGCUGUAACGAUGAAAUGAAAUGGG